AAGUCAUAGUAUCUAGGCAACAAAAAUCCCAUAUCUUCUUCAUCUCACUCAAUCACUUUCCUUCUUUCUUUCUUUCUUCCCCGACAUUCGCACCCAAAAACACAAAAAAGACGCAAAAAGAAAUAAAUAAUUAAGGAAAAAAAAAAAGAAUGGAGAAAAAUAGCAGCAUUUUGUUUCUAGCACUUGUACUUGCACUGUAUAGCUUCUCAAUGAAUGCCAAUGCCAAUGCCUUCACGGCUUCUAGAUGGACCCAAGCUCAUGCAACCUUCUACGGCGGCAGUGAUGCUUCCGGAACAAUGGGUGGUGCUUGUGGGUAUGGCAACUUGUACUCGGGUGGGUACGGGACCCGGACUGCAGCACUGAGCACGGCGUUAUUUAACGAUGGGGCAGCUUGCGGGCAGUGCUAUAAGAUGAUAUGCGAUUACAGGGCCGACCCUCAGUGGUGCAAGAGGGGUGUGUCAGUCACAGUCACCGCCACAAAUUUCUGCCCCCCAAAUUACGAUCUCCCAAGCAACAAUGGAGGCUGGUGCAAUCCUCCGCGCCAGCAUUUCGACAUGGCUCAGCCCGCUUGGGAAAAGAUCGCCAUCUAUAGGGGCGGUAUCGUGCCAAUCCUUUAUCAGAGGGUUCCUUGUGUGAAGCGUGGUGGGGUUAGAUUCACCAUCAACGGUCGGAAUAAUUUCGAGCUUGUCUUGAUUACCAAUGUCGCGAAUGCCGGGUCGGUCCAAUCGGUUCGGAUAAAGGGGUCGAAAACGGGUUGGAUGUCUAUGUCCAGAAAUUGGGGUGUUAAUUGGCAGUCUAAUGCCUAUCUCAACGGCCAAUCGCUGUCCUUCAUCGUCACUACCUCUGAUGGUAUCACCAAGACUUUCAUGAAUGCGGUGCCUUCCAAUUGGGCUUUUGGACGGACCUACGCGACCAGGGUCCAGUUUUAGAAUGGACAUGGGCCUUCCAUAAAUGGGCUUUAACUGUUGAUAGGCCGCGGCGUGCUUACUAUUUUAUUCAAAGCAGCCCGCCCGGAAAUUAUAUACUACAAGGGAGUAAGGGAAACAAUUAUUGUGAAAUGUUGAUGGUUGAGCCCAGACUGAGCCCACGUACUUGAGCCCAAAGGGAAUUGGCCUACAUAGUAAUUUUUGCAUUUUUUUCAAUUAUCAGUUGAAAAUAAUAAUAAUAAUAAGAAGAAAGUGAUUGAUUGUAUGGCUUCGGAUUGUUUGUCUCCAAAUUAUUUGUACCCA